GCGGCAAAGAGCAAACUGCAGUAGUCCAGUGCAAAGCGAAACCCUCACAAACCGGCGCCGAUGCUCUGCCGGCGCCCGUGCCCCGGCGUGUUCCUCCGCCUCUUCGCCACUUCCUGCCGCCGCAGCUCCCUCCACCCCUCGCAGCCGCACCUCCCGAGAGCUACAGCGCUUCCGACGCUGCCUGUGGCGAAGAAGGUCCCCUUCAAUGCGUCGGCGCACGGGAGGUCGUGGAGCGACCCGUACCACUGGAUGCGCGACACCUCCGACCCGGACCUCGCGGCCCUCCUCGCCGCAGAGAACGCGUAUGCCGACGCCUUCGUCGGCUCGGCAGGUGGCGGCGGCCUCCGCGCGCGCCUCGCCGCCGAGAUGCGCGCCCGGCUGCCCGCUUCCGCCGCCACACCGCCUCAGCCCUGGGGGCCUUGGUUGUAUUAUCAGUAUGUUCCAGAGGGAAAGGAAUACCCUGUUUUAUCUAGGAAGCUGAGGCCUUCUAGUGGCCUGGUCGGAACUCUGCUUGAUUACCUUUCUGGUUCAGAGAAGGAGCAAGUGUUGCUUGACUGGAACGAGGUUGCAGAAAAAAAUGGUUAUGUCCACAUUGGGACUUGUCGAAUCUCUCCAGAUCAUAGGUUUCUUGCAUAUACAGUUGAUACAUCUGGGGGUGAACUAUUUUCCCUUGAAGUGAAAGAUCUUCUGUCUGAGCUUGUCAUCUUUAGUCCACCAGACAAGGGAAUAGUUAGUUUGGCAUGGGCUGGCAGCAGUGAAAGUUUAUUUUACACUGUCUGUGAUGAGACUCUACGUCCUAACCAGGUUUUCUGUAAAAAGUUGCAAUCGGAUGAUGCAGGGUUUUUAGUUUUCACAGAGAAAGAUGCAAACUGUUGCGUGGAUAUUACAAGCACAAAAGAUUUUAAGUAUAUUACUGUCAAUUCUAACACUAGGACAUCAUCUGAGGUUUUUGUGAUCGAAUCUGAUAAUCUAAGAGAAGGCUUAUGGCCUAUACGGAACCGUGUUGACAAAGUUCAGUACUUUUUGGAGCACCACAAUGGGUUCUUUUACAUUCUUACCAAUGCUCCUGUAAAUGAUACCGAAAUGACAACUGAAGGCUACUAUCUGGCCAGGUGUAGGGCUGAAAAGUCACUGGUGGAUAGAUGGCAGAUUGUGACGUUACCUGCGCCGGACUGCACCAUUCAGGAUAUGGACAUUUUUCAUGAUAAUUUAGUUCUCUAUCUUCAAAAGAAUGGGACUCCUCUUUUUUGCUCCAUCAAUAUGCCAAUUGAUGUUGAUGUUCAGGAGCCAAAGGAACUUGAUGAUCUCAAUCCAUGGUUUUUCCCCAUACCGUCAGAGUUAUGCAGCAUUGUUGCUGGAUCCAACAAUGAUUUUAUGUCAUCUACUUAUCGGCUAGUUGUUUCAUCACCUGUGAUACCAGACUUAACUGUGGACUAUGAUUUGAGAAAAAAGACUUUCACCAUCCUUCAUCAAGAGGAAGUAACUACCCUCUCUGCAAAUCUAGGCAGCCUGGGCUUUCAAUCCAAUGCUUCAAGCAUCCAACAAAACCUGCAUCUUGUUGAAAAUUCACAAAGUUGGAGUGAUCUUUCCAAGCUAUUCUCGUGUCAAAGGACUGAAGUUAUAUCACAUGAUGGUGUUCUAAUACCUUUAGUCAUCCUGUAUUCACGGGAAGCACAUUGUCAUGGAGAAUCACCUGGGAUCUUAUAUGGUUAUGGAGCUUAUGGAGAAGAUUUGGACAAAAGCUGGUGUUCUGAGAGGUUAAGUCUCCUCUCUCGAGGUUGGGUUCUUGCAUUUGCAGAUGUUAGGGGUGGAGGGGAUUUAUCAUGGCAUCUGGCAGGAACCAAAGCUAACAAGAUAAAUUCAAUUCAAGAUUUUGCUGCAUGUGGUAUGCAUCUCAUAAAGGAAGGCUUUGUUCACCAAAAUCGUCUUUGUGCUAUAGGCUGUAGUGCUGGUGGUCUGCUAGUGGGCGCUGUUAUUAAUAUGCGUCCAGACUUAUUUUCUGCUGCAGUUCUCAAGGUUCCUUUUCUUGAUAUCUGCAACACAAUUUUGGAUCCUACUUUGCCUCUCACUGUCUUGGACUAUGAAGAGUUUGGUGACCCUAAUAUCCCAGCUGAAUUUGAGGCGAUCAGCAGUUAUUCUCCUUAUGAUAACUUAGCACAUGGUGUAUGCUAUCCUCCAGUCCUGGUGACUGCCUCGUUUAAUGAUACAAGGGUAGGAGUUUGGGAAGCUGCUAAGUGGGUUGCAAAAGUAAGAGAUAUCACAUGCACAUCCUGUUCCCAGUCAGUUAUUCUCAAAACUAAUAUGCAAAGUGGCCAUUUUGGUGAGGGUGGACGUUUCAUGCACUGUGAUGAGACAGCCUUUGAGUAUGCAUUUCUCAUGAAGGCCUUGGGUUUGGAUGACAUAGCUAUGCCGUAGUGGACUCACGCCUGAGGCUUUUCACAGAACAGAUUUUGUGCGGCUCUGAAAGCAAAAACUGAGAUAAUUACCUUUUGUGAUAUGCUCAGGGAUAAGAUUGCAUCCUCAUAAUUAUUGAUUCGAAGGGCUUGCAAUGGAAGGUGAUGUGCCCUUGAGGCGUGUUCUGUUUCGCUUUUAAUAGACAGCUGUGGAUUCCUACGUGCAGAUUAUCUCUUUAGCUUCAAAAUAGCACACUUGGAUGCUGCUCAUCAACACUGCAAAGGUUCAGCACUUAAGGUCAGUAACCAGGAGUACUUGAUAUAAUUGCAUUAUUAGUACAAAUAAGUCUUGUUAUUACAACAGUAGUAAACAUGGUAUCUAGCAUACUGAUCGUCUAGGAAUUCUUCAGUGACUGAUUUGAUUAUGUACUAUCUCUUGCAUGAAACCAGACAAUUUUUUUCUGUGGAAACAAAUCAUCAUGAAUCAUGAUCAAAUAGGUCUGACUUUAUCAUGUCUUUCAAUGUUUUGCCCCCUGAGUACGCUGGUGGCAGAUAAGAUCCUUAUGGUGUUAGAUAGGGCUAUUGGGCAAAGGAUAAAUGGUUGAGCAUGGAUGUUGAUUUUGACUUCUACUUCAUACGGCAGGUUAGUGUAUGUUGCUUUCUUCUCUUUGGCUCAUCUGACAGAUGAUGUGCUCUUUUUACACUAUCCUUAAAUUAAAUUAAGUUCAGGUUACAUGUCACAUUCUUGUGCCCGUUUUUUUAUGUGUAAUCGUCCUCGUCCCGUUGCUAUGCCACAUACUCCAAUGUUCAGUGCAACACUACAAAUUAAAUGAUGACUUGCUAAAACUUAUUGAGCACAUUUCUCCGAGCUUAUCUUAGUCACCGUUUCCUUCUUUCUUCUUUUCGAGGAUCCUAGUCACCUUUUGUGUAUAUAUAUACUUGUGUCCACUUUGUUCAGUGCAGCAAUGCAAAGUAAAUGAUGACUGUUUGAAACGUACCGAGCACAUUUAUCUGUGACUAUCCUAUUUUAGAGAUUGCGCUUUCCAUAGUGAUUCAAUUAUUUAGGCUUGUAGUGCACGGUGCUCAUGCCAAUAAGUACCAGUUGUUGCAUAUGGAUCUGCGAUAUAAACAACUAUCAUACCCAGAAUAUUCUAUAGCUAACAAACCCCAAGGAUAAGUCGUGGAGUUCAAAACUGUCCUUAUUUUUGUUAGUAUACGCAGUACCUUGGGUUCUACUUUACAGAUACGAUUAUUGUUACUCUCACGCCCUUUUCACUUCUUAUCACUCAACCGUGUUUCCAAGUUCCAAACUAUGUUACGCAUGUGGUGAUAUGUACCAGGCACCUGUACCGAGUGCUUGAAGGUGAAUCUAGAAUAAAAUGUAUGAAUCUGAUUGCUGGGCUGGUGUGUCAAGUCAAUCCUAGUUUCGCUGGAGAAUACUUAAGAAAAAACUUCGUUGGAGGAACGGCCUAUGAAUCUCACUUGGUUUAAUGA